AUGAGCAAGCCAUCAGAUCAACAGAGUGAACCAUCAGAUCAACAGAGUGAACCAUCAGAUCAACAGAGUGAACCAUCAGAUCAACAGAGUUCCCUGCAAGAGAAGGAAACAGAUGAGAAUUCUCCUGAGAAAAGCUCUCAAAUCAGGCAGAAGCAAUCGCAAAUUCAGCGACAAUUAAAAAACCUGUCAUUUGAAAACCCUGAACCGCAGAUGACCGACUUUGAUCUUGUACCCAGAAAACUGAAAAAGAAAGCACAGAUAUCAAAGAAGAAUGAGUAUUUUCCUGAGAAAAUCAAACCCAAGAGGAAAUAUGACGAGAAUGGCAAGCUGAUCUGCAAUGGCGUAGACCUGUGUGAUUGUCUGGAUCAGAACUGCCUGGGCUGCUUCUACCCCUGCCCCAAGUGCAACUCCAUGAAGUGUGGGCCUGUUUGCCGCAACAACCGGUGCUGGGUAUUUGAUGACAUGGUUGAUGAGUCCGGGGAUGUCGUCAGUAUCCUGCCCUUCAGUGUCCCAGAGUAG